AAGUUCAGAGGCAGUACAAAAGCACUGGGUUUCUCCCCAACUGCUUGUCACACUGACCUGCACCGUCUGUCAACUGCUCGUGGGGUUUCCGUCAUCUCUUACUGGAGGGGAGCAAAUUCUUUGGAGAAUAACACUUUACUGCAGCCAUGCCUGAACCUGUCCCAGAACCUGUCCCAGAACCUGUCCCAGAACCUGCCCCAGAACCUGCUAAGAAGGAGGAAAAUGAAGUGCCGGCCCCAGCUCCAGCCCCACUCCCGGGAGAACCAAAUAAAGAGAAGGAAGCCGGAACUGCACCAGCAAAAGAUGAAGAGGAAGCCUCCCCAUCUUUUGUCCUGCCUCCAGAAUGGUCUCUUGGAGAAUCACCUGCCACAGAGGAUCAUGACAAGCAGGAUGCCAAUUCUCAGCUGUCCAUCCUGUUCGUGGAAAAGCCUCAAACAGGAACAGUGAAAGUUGGUGAAAAUAUCACCUUUAUAGCCAAGGUCAAAGCUGAAGAUCUUCUUAGAAAACCCACUGUCAAAUGGUUUAAAGGGAAAUGGAUGGACUUGGCCAGCAAAGCUGGGAAGCACCUUCAGCUGAAGGAAACCUUCGAAAGGCACUCUCGGAUAUAUACAUUCGAGAUGCAGAUCAUCAAGGCCAAAGAGAACUAUGCAGGAAACUACAGAUGUGAGGUCAGCUAUAAGGAUAAGUUUGACAGCUGUUCCUUCGAUCUUGAAGUGCGCGAAUCUACUGGGAGUACUCCAAACAUUGACAUCAGAUCUGCUUUCAAGAGAAGUGGAGAAGGUCAAGAGGAUGCAGGGGAACUUGACUUUAGUGGUCUCCUGAAACGUAGGGAGGUGAAGCAGCAGCAGGACGAGGAACCGGAGAUAGACGUGUGGGAGCUGCUGAAGAAUGCGAACCCCAACGAGUACGAGAAGAUCGCCUUCCAGUACGGCAUCACCGACCUGCGCGGGAUGCUCAAGCGGCUCAAGCGCAUGCGCAGGGUGGAGAAGAAGAGCGCAGCUUUUGCAAAAAUUCUUGAUCCUGCAUAUCAGGUUGAUAAAGGAGGCAGAGUAAGGUUUGUUGUGGAAUUGGCAGAUCCAAAGUUGGAGGUGAAAUGGUAUAAAAAUGGUCAAGAAAUUCGACCCAGUACAAAAUACAUCUUUGAACAUAAAGGAUGUGAAAGAAUUAUGUUUAUCAAUAACUGCGGGCUAACAGAUGAUUCGGAGUAUUAUGUGACGGCUGGCGAUGAGAAAUGUUCCACGGAGCUCUUUGUGAGAGAGCCUCCAAUUAUGGUGACCAAGCAGCUGGAAGAUACAAAUGCUUACUGUGGGGAGAGAGUAGAAUUAGAAUGUGAAGUGUCUGAAGAUGAUGCAAAUGUAAAAUGGUUUAAGAAUGGUGAAGAGAUCAUCCCUGGUCCAAAAUCAAGAUACAAAGUUAAAAUUGAGGGCAAAAAACACACUUUGAUCAUAGAAGGAGCAACCAAGGCUGAUAGUGCAGAAUAUUCUGCAAUGACAACAGGAGGACAAUCAUCUGCUAAACUUAGCGUUGGCUUGAAGCCUCUGAAGAUAUUAACACCUCUAAGUGAUCAGACUGCAAAACUUGGAAAAGAAAUCUGCUUGAAGUGUGAAGUCUCUGAAAACAUUACAGGAAAAUGGACUAAAAAUGGACUGCCUGUUCAGGAGAGUGACCGCAUAAAGGUUGUACACAAAGGAAGAAUCCACAAAUUAGUGAUAGACAAUGCCCUCAUUGAGGAUGAAGGGGAUUACGUGUUCACACCAGAUGACUACCCUGAUACUUUGUCUGCCAAAGUUCAUGUUAUUGAUCCUCCUAAAAUCAACCUGGAUGGUCUUGAUGCUGACAACACAGUAACAGUAAUUGCAGGGAACAAGCUUCGUCUUGAGAUUCCCAUCAGUGGAGAACCUCCUCCUAAAGUUAUUUGGAGCCGAGCAGAUAAGGCCAUCAUGGAGGGCAGUGGCCGGAUAAGGGCAGAAUCUUACCCUGACAGCAGCACGCUGGUUAUUGACGUCGCUGAGAGAGAUGAUUCUGGUGUUUACAACAUAAACCUGAAAAAUGAAGCUGGGGAAGCACAUGCCAGCAUCAAGAUUAAAGUUGUGGACAUCCCUGAUCCUCCAGUGGCACCGAAUGUGACAGACGUGGGAGAUGAUUGGUGCAUCAUGAACUGGGAGCCUCCUGCCUACGAUGGAGGGUCCCCAAUCUUAGGAUACUUUAUUGAGAGGAAAAAGAAGCAAAGCUCCAGGUGGAUGAGGCUGAACUUUGAGCUCUGCAAAGAAACAACUUUUGAGCCCAAAAAAAUGAUUGAAGGCGUGGCCUACGAGGUCCGUAUCUUUGCUGUCAAUGCCAUCGGCAUCUCCAAGCCCAGUAUGCCCUCCAAGCCAUUCGUUCCUUUGGCUGUAACCAGCCCCCCUACACUUCUGGCUGUUGACAAUGUAACUGACACCACUGUCACAAUGAAGUGGCGGCCCCCAGAUCAGAUCGGUGCCGCAGGUUUAGAUGGCUAUGUGCUAGAGUAUUGCCUUGAAGGAAGUUUAAAAAGUACAUCAGCAAAACUGUCUGAUGAAAAUGGGGAGGCUGCAUAUGAUCUGUCGUCAGCUGAGGACUGGAUAGUUGCAAACACAGAUCUGAUCGACAAGACCAAGUUCACCAUCACUGGUCUGCCCACGGAUGCAAAGAUCUUUGUGCGUGUGAAGGCUGUGAACGCAGCCGGUGCCAGCGAGCCCAAGUACUACUCUCAGCCCAUCCUUGUGAAGGAAAUCAUAGAGCCUCCAAAGAUUCGCAUCCCACGGCACCUGAAGCAAACCUACAUCCGCAGAGUUGGAGAAGCUGUCAACCUGGUUAUACCUUUCCAGGGAAAACCAAGACCAGAAUUAACUUGGAAGAAGGAUGGUGCCGAAAUUGAUAAAAAUCAAAUCAACAUUCGCAACUCUGAGACUGACACGAUCAUAUUUAUCAGAAAAGCGGAGAGGAGCCACUCAGGGAAAUACGAUCUGGAAGUCAAAGUGGAGAAAUACGUGGAAAGCGCAUCAAUCGACAUCCAGAUCGUGGACCGUCCGGGUCCACCCCAACUUGUGAAGAUUGAGGAUGUCUGGGGAGAGAAUGUUGCCCUAUCAUGGACACCACCAAAGGAUGAUGGAAAUGCGGCCAUUACAGGGUACACGAUCCAGAAGGCUGACAAGAAGAGCAUGGAAUGGUUCACUGUCAUUGAGCACUAUCACCGAACCCAUGCCACCAUUACUGAACUGGUCAUAGGCAAUGAAUACUACUUCCGAGUCUUUGCUGAAAACAUGUGUGGCCUCAGUGAGAAUGCAACAAUGACUAAAGAGAGCGCUGUGAUCGCCAAGGAUGGUAAAGUCUAUAAAAAUCCAGUGUAUGAAGACUUCGAUUUCACAGAGGCGCCCAUGUUCACUCAGCCUUUGGUCAACACCUACGCUAUAGCUGGGUACAAUGCCACUCUGAACUGCAGUGUGAGAGGAAAUCCCAAGCCCAAAAUAACCUGGAUGAAAAACAAAGUUGCUAUUGUGGAUGACCCAAGAUACAGGAUGUUCAGCAACCAAGGGGUCUGUACGCUGGAGAUUCGCAAGCCCAGCUCCUAUGACGGAGGCACUUACUGCUGCAAAGCAGUCAAUAACCUAGGGACAGUGGAGGUCGAAUGCAAACUGGAGGUGAAAGUGAUAUAUCAACGAGUAUUUUCCCCUGGAGAACCACUGUUCCUGGAGGGGCAGCAACAGGUUUUAAAAAUUCAUAUCGCACCAGAUAUUUCUACUUCCUGUUCCAUUCCUCUUACAUGAAAUCGCACUUUGCAUGUAAAGCUUGACUUUCUCAUUUGCUUCUCAUUAUAUUUUUUUAGCAGCUCGUGGCAUACAGUGUUUAUGCCAUGAACUAGGAAGGCCAAAUUAUUCAAGGUUAUUAAGUAAUUAGGAACUAAGUUUUGUCAGAAAACUAAGUACCAUAGCACAGGUCCCCAUAAAUAAAGCCGUAAGGCUGCAUUUGAAGAUACCAUAUUUUAGAUGUAAGAUUAUCAACACCUAGGAACCAAUGACAUUUCUGUAAUAAUUGCAUUUUUCACAUGUAAAGAGAUACGAUCUCCCUUUAAGAUAGUUUCCAGGGUGGUUUCCUUAGAUUUGUGUUGAAAUUCGGAAAACUGAACCUUUUAAAAUUGCCAAGCUGUAGAAAAAGUGUUCCGAGCAUUUUUAAUAGGGAAAGGUCACAAAUAAAAACAGAUCCAAUAUUUAGAAACUUUCAUAGUUAAGACUUUCCCCUGAAAAAUUCACCAGUAGGAUAUCUGUAACCCAUCUUUCUAUUGGACAUUUUAGAUAUUUUCAUGGGACCAAAAGUAUUUCAUAUACUCAUGAAUUUAAAUGGACAGAUAAGUCUAGGUCCCAUUAUUAAAUCUAUUAAGUAUUAAAUGAGUCUGAUAGUAUAUGUAUCAUUCUCCCCCAGUUGGAAGAAUGGAUUAAGAAGUUCUUUGGGGAUGGGUAAGAAACUUGAUGUAAACUCUCUGCUGUAGAUCUAUGACUGAGUUUAUCAUGUGCUCUUUGAAUUCCCAGAGGUAAUGUCAGCUUUCAAAGGAGAAAAGAAUUAGGGCUAUUUCUUAAAAGUUUUGUAGAUUAUACAUAUAGUCACUUUCUAGGCUGUUUGUUUAAGCCUUGUGUUUAUAUAGAUUAGUCACAUUUGGAAUCAUUUCAGAAUACAUAUUAUAGAAUACACUAGUCUCACAUUAAUACCUACUUGAUAAUUUUGCCUUUUAGAA